AUGAAGUCCUACGCGGGUAUUCUCUUGAGCUUCGGUGCUCUUGCAGCCGCCGUUCCUGCUCCUCAACUCACUCUCACUCCCGCUAGCGCCCCCGUUCCUCCGGUUCGGAGCAGUGAACAGACAGGCCCGACUUCUCAUGGUCCUUACAACGGUCCCGGUCCCACGGUGACGGGAGCUUUGAGUGCUCCAGCGGUUGCUCAAUCGAUCGCUCCUGGUGGUCCAGCACCGGUCACUUACACCAACAACAACGGGUUGCUCCAAGCUUCCAGCAUGCCUGUUCCAUAUCAGCCAGCCGGCGGUCAGGGUACCAACGGAACUCUGCCAUAUUAUCACCCGCUGUCCGACUUUGACUAUGAGUCUUUGACUUUAGCCCUUUAUCAGGAAUGGAUUGAGCUGGAUCUUUUCCACAACGGCCUCGCUCGAUUUUCUGUUCGGGACUUCCAAAAUGCCGGGUUGACCGCAGAGGAUCGAUUCUUGAUCGAGUUUAUGGCAGACCAAGAAGUCGGCCAUGCAACCUUGCUCAGCAAUAUCCUGGGACCUGCCGCGCCGCCUCAAUGCACCUACAACUAUCCCUACACCAACGUCCGGGAGUUCAUCGACUUCUGCCAGAAACUGACGCGCUUUGGUGAGAGCGGCGUCUACGGCUUCCUUGGUCACCUGGAUUCGCGAGAAUCUGCCACGCUACUGCUCGAGUCCAUCACCACUGAAGCUCGCCAACAGUUGAUUUUCCGCCAAUUUGAUGGUCUAUUUCCGAUGCCCUUGUGGUUCAUUCCCGGUAUUCCUCAGUCGUGGGCUUGGACGCUGCUGGCUCCGUAUAUCUCGAGCUGCCCUGCCAACACGACUCGUCUGGCAUGGCAGAAUUUCCCUGCGCUCACCAUUGUGAACGCCCCCAAUCCAGCCAAGACAAAUCCCAAUCAAGGCCCUGUGCAGAAUACAACAGGCUCAAACCCUCUAAACACUACCGGUAUCGGUUCUAACAAUCUCUGCGCCAACGCCAAGGAUGGAUCUUCGGACUGUGACCCGGCUAUCAGCCAGAACAAGUCCAUCCCUCUCUCCUACCCCGGUAGACCCAUUCAAUUCUCGUGGGGUAACGUGAAUCAGACGGUCGGCCCCAAUAACAGCUACAUCACCGCGCGAUCAUCCCUUGCCGACGCGCCCCGUUAUGCCCUCUUCGUCUCCCAACUCAACGCCACCUUCGUGCCCCUUGUCAACAUUAGCGGUAACACUGCAGCAGCUGUUCAGCCCAACAUGUCGACCUUUGCUGGAGAUCCUGCCGUCAACGCAACCAUGUUCAUUGCAUUAACAAGCCAAAAUCCCUACGUUACACCGUUCAAUCUGUCCAUGGUCAAUCCAUACGUCUAUGCCGGACCGGCGUUGUACCAAGCUGGUUAA